AUGGGGUCGACCACAUCAUGGUAUAACAGUUUCCUCAACAACACUGUCAUUCCAUUGAGCAAUCAGCGAUUAAACUUGGCCAAAUCCAUCGGCUAUGCGCUUUCUGUGGCAAGGAUCGACUUCAAAGAGGUGAGUAGACGGAAUUGGGGCUUGAUUAUGGUACAUUAGCCGCGGAUCGAAACCUAAAACCAAUUUUUAAACUAUCUAUGAUAACUUUGGCUGUUUUUCAUGUAAUUUCCGGCAACCUUCGCUUAAUUCUAGACAACCAAUCAUUUUUAUUACUCGGCACCGGAGUUUAUUACCUAAUCUACAAAUAACAACACGCAAUAGCGUGUUUUAAGGUUUAUUUCUCAUAAAAUGCCCCUUCUGACAUUAAAGUGCAUAAUAAAUUAACAUUGGUGAAGUUCGCCCACUAAUCAAACACUCUAAGACAAAUAGGCAUGACUUCAGAAAACCCAAGGAAGAGAGAAUAUUUAUAAUUCGACCUUACCACUUCAGCUGCCCCAUGAAAGUGCAUUUGACAUUAGCAUUUUCUUCUUUGAUCCGGUUACAAAAUCCUUCUUUGGAAACCAAUACAUCAGUGAAGUGAAGAGAGGAAGUGGCACCGACUAUCUUCAUUUCCAUGAGACGGUUUUCUUCUCGGGCUCUCAACAACCAGACAAAGUUGUCAUUGUAAUUGAACUAGUGAAGAGAGAAAGAAAAGCCUGGGUCUGCGGAUUCACUGUGAUCCCAUUGAUAUCCAAAUCCUAUGCAUUGACCGACUUCUCGGCUACCAGUUCACGAGAUUUUCCUUGGCGAAGGUGAGAGCGGAUUUCUGUCUUUUUAUUUGGACACUUCGCGAUUUUGUAGCAAAAAGACGAAAUGUCACAAAAAUAUGGGACUUCUCUAAAAUACGACCUCAGGAUCGCGAUGUCGGGAUUUUCGUGUUUUUCCAUAGAAAUUUACCUUGAAGCCUUCAUUUUGAUUUUGUAUUCAUUUGUUUUUUUAUGAUGUUUAUUAUUUAUCUUAUUUUAGAUAUCAAUUCUUCAAAGGAUCAUGCAAAAUUCUCAUGAAUUGCGAUGGACCUCUCGAAGACAACAAAAGCCUUGUCAAAUUGAAUACAUUCAUCAACUGUGUCGUGCAGACUCAUCAAAAAUUAAACGAUUACCUCCAGUAUUUGCCGGAUUACUAUUUAGUCGCCCCGAAACAGAAGGUCCCAGGAUUCGUAUCGCCUCAAGACGGGUUUCAGCUGGCUAAUCCAGAACCUCAAGAGCUCCGUACAGCUAUCUUGGAUAAUGUGGAGGUAAUUUUCUAAUCCGUUUAAGCGGCUUUGAGGGAUUACCUGUUACGGAUAGUAUAAUAUAACCUCGAUGAUUUAUAUCUGACGGCAAGUUCUGGAGGCCAUUAUUUUUUCGCGCCUACAUAAAAUUCGAUAAUUUUCCACACUAAAAGUCAAUGUUAUGUAAAGUACUAUGAAUUUGCUGGAGUUGCAACUAAUUUGAGGGCAUUUGUAGAUUUUAUAUACGACGGCACAUAUUGAAGGGAAUAUUCUCGAGCUGUUGAACAAAGAAAGAUGCUUUUGUAUGAACAAGUCGCCUUCUGAUGCCUCCGUGAAACCUUUGAGUGUUAUCGACAGGAGGAUAAGAGUUGGGAUUCAUAACAGUAUCACGUUUGUCGAAGAGCCCUUGAAAUUUGAUUUGUCCAGUGGGAGUGGACCAUUGACUGCCAGACAAUCCAAGGGAAGUAGAAAUUUGUAAGUAUAGCUCUUAUGUCAUGGGAAAUAUAAAAAUAUUUUUUUAAUGUUUGACGCCGCCUUUUUUUGUAUGGAUGUCAUAUUUACUAUCAACUGUUUUAUUAGCUGUUUUCAGUCAUGUUGGUGUCUAUUCUGUCAACAAUACGAUAAAACUCUCGAAACUCUUCGAAGAUGACAAAUGCGCUCUGAUUUUUAUGCUUGAAUAUCAAAUUGGAGUGAGAAGAGCGAGCAAUAUCAGCACAGACACCCAAUGGGUCCUUGUUUGUUGGAAUGCUUGGUGCCCGUUCAACAAUGGGACCUUCAAGGAGACAGAUACGAUCACUCUACCCAUGGUUGGAGGUCCUCGACCAAAUCCAUUAGACGUCCUUUGUUUCAAACACUUAUCGAAGAUCCGAAUGAAGGAUGAGAAUGUUCUUGGAGGGGAGAAUAGUCAGAUCAGAAUACGCUUUAAUUAUGCAAUGAUUGAUGUAAGUUUAACAUAAGAUAUGGGCAAUAUAAAUUCCAGGAGACCUCACAUCUCUCGCCGAUCUCAAGUCGAGUUACAACUCCAAAGCUACUGGCGAGGCGGAGGAAAGAGGAGAAUAUUGUUUUGUCAUCUGAUUCCGAAGAAGAAUUGUCUCAAAUUCCAAAGAAAUCAACAGUUUUAGCCCCGGAAAAGUCUCCAAAACAGCAAAGAAAACUGAUUUCCGAAGCAGCGAGGCCAGCGGCAUACGAAGAAGAAGAUCGGGCCAUAUCUCCAGAAUUUGACUCCAUUCUGAAGCCAGAAUCCAUUGUCAAAAGAAAGGAAAUUCUCCUCGAAGCCGACGAAUUCGCGGAUCACCCGGUUUAUCUGCCAGGUAGUCCAAGGUAAACGGGGAUUUCAUUGUCAAUGUCUCGUGCUUUCUGUCCAUCUUUGAAGUGGGGCGACCCUAUAAAUACUGAUGGUUUGAUUUCCAGAACUUCUUCGAUAUCUCGGGCAGUGAGGUCGUAUCUUUCCAAAGCCAAGUUUCCUCAGAUCUUGGAUCGACAUGGCAAAGCGUUGAGGGUUGUGGAUAUGGGGUCAUUGCCUGAUGUCAAUAUGAAUCUGGAAUAUAACACGAGACUGGAUACCCAUGAGAUUGUACUACAAUUCUUGGCCAUCAUGCCGUGAGUCCAAAUCAAUUGUUUAAUGCAUAGGAUGGGAAAUUUUUGACACUAUUGUGGAAGGGUUUAAAUUUAUUUUUUGUUUCAGAAUCAGCAAUAACAUCUACAACUUUUCAAACAGCGGCUUCAAAUAUUUCUUUACCUUCCAAUUCUAUAGAUUCAAUCAAAUCAGCACGGAAGUGUAAGCUUAGUUCUGAAGAUUACUGUAUGGACAGUUUGUUUUUAGAUUGUCAGCACAUCCCGCUCAAGAAUUCAAAAAAGGGGAUCCUCUUUUGCUGAGAAGAGUUGACGAAAAUGGAGCUGUCAUUGGAAAUACUGAUGGUUUAAUGGUAAGGAAUCGUUUAGAAUUCUGUAAAAUAAAAAUUUUGUAGAUUCGAUUUGUGGUUGACCGACAAUCCGCCUUCAAUCAGCGGGAUUUUGCCAAUUUUUUGCUCAAAUCCAGCUUAUUCAUUGAUGUUUGGGAUGCGGAGUCGUUGAUGCACUUGGGACUCUGCACAGUGCCACUAAAAGUAAGUAAAAAAUACGGAAAUUUGAGAAUAGAGCCAAAAAAGGCUCUGACAGUACGAAUACGUCUAACGCACAUAUCAAAUUUGCGGACAAAAGUCUCGAUCACAGCCGGCCGGAGUCGAACCUCCGACUUUUCCAAUGCUAGAGAAAUGUCUAACCCACUAGACUAAGCAAACAUUCUUUUCCAGGGGCUUUUGAGACAUGGGAAUGAUGGAAUCCAAACAGAUGUGCAGUGCAAUGUUAUGGAGAGUGGUGUCCCAUUAACUCAGGCUACUGUAACAUCAAUUUUGUAUCUGAGAAUGGGAAAUGUUGGACAUCCGGCAUUAAAUCAAUUUGGUGAGUGAAUUUGAGCAGAUUUUUGAUAUUUUUUAUUGCAAAAAAACAUUCUGAGUAUUUUAGACAUCUUAAAUAGUCAUAACAAAUUGGUGGUAUCAUCCUUCCGACUUCCCAGGCUCUCCAUCUCGACAAAAGAACAAAAAGCGAAGGUCAAACCAUUAGAAUCUAUUCAUGAAACAGCUUUGCAAAGAUUAUUUACGGCACAAAAGUAAGAAAGGGUUUAUUUUUACUAUUCUCUGUGUAGAAUUGACAUCAAACAGCGGGAGCAAGAUAUAUUUGGAGAUCAGAACUUAUUCCUGCUCGAGAAUUGGGAACAAUUAAAACAAAAAACAGAACUCAAGAGUAAUGUAAAAUUGAGAAAGUUCUUGUUCAAGGAAGAAUUGGAGGCCUAUAAGAAGAUGAGAAGUGAGAACAAGGCGCUGAAGCUGCUAAAAACAAUAUUUGAAUCGAUUACGCAAAGAAAGUCGAUCUCGAUCAGAAAAGGGGAAGUGCAAUUCUUUGAGUUUUCCCUCAAGAAUACGUUCGCCCAGCCGAUCAAUUGUGUUAUUGAUGUAAAUUCCAAGAGAUUACAAGUGGUCACACAAAAGGAUGAGAUGAUUUACGUUACCAACAAACUCGGAAUUAGAUUGGAAAAAGAUUUGGCCAAUCGAAAUGAGAAGGGAGAAUUUAGUUUGUAUUUAAAAGCCAUGGAAACUGUUACUUUACCCUUCAAAGUGGAUUGUUUUGAGCUGAAUGAGAUGGAGAAUGCACACUCAUUUGAGGUUAAGGUGAUUAUUUUUUGGUGGUUUUUAUCUUGUUUUUAGGCGAUUUUCAAGAACGCGGAGAACGGAGAACCGAUUUCCAUUUUGGAAUUGACUUGUCAUAAGUUUAAUACGAUUGUCAGCCAGACGUUUCGCUGGUUUUUGGAGGAGAAUCAGAAGUUUUCAAAGGUCAUCCGACUUCCGAGUAAGUUGGCAUUUCCAUUUUUGGAUUUUUUUUAUUUUAGCCCCUGUCCGCAUCCAAUCCCUCAGAUGUACUGAUCCCAAUGUUCUAUGUUUGUUACGUAAUAAUCCGACAUCCGGCCAAGAAGUCUUACUCUCGGGGUUCUCGAGUGAAUCUCCGUUUUGUUUGGAGUUCCAGAUCUAUCUGUUCAGAGAUGUUUUUCAUUCGGAUUUGGCCUUGACAUUGUGUGUUACAGUACACUCAUUGAAGAGAUUUAAUGUCCAAGCCAUUCAAGGACAAGCUUCAAGGAUUCCAUUGUGUUUGGGGUAGGGGAAUUUAAUAUUUGUUAUAUAAAUUGUUUUAGGGAUCAAGUCGAGCUUUCAAAUUCAAUGCUGCGAUUAUUCUCAAGCUCAAAAGCUUUGGAAAUUAAGCCAAGUGACAGCAUUUUCAUAGAUGAAAUGACUUCGAAAGCCCUUAGGGCUAUCAUCAGACCGAAUUUCCGAGGUAAACUUGGGUUUUCUUGGGUCGAUUUUGUUGUACUUGAUGUCUUUGAUUUCCAUCAUGGUGAUUUUAGAUCGAAGAGCUGUAAUUGUGACCGCGGUGGAUUCAAAUUUGAGGAAGCUGAUUACCGGGUGGAUAUUUUAUAUCUAUGUGACCAAACCCAAUAUUGUAAAGACUUUCCGAGUAGAGAUUCCAUUAAUUCUUGAUCAAGAAAUUCUCAAGGUAGGUGACAUAGAAUAAAGAUAAUUUAUCUUUGACUCUUAGAAGGUCCCGAUUGAUAAUCAAUAUCCCACUACCAAAUCUUUCCGGGUUCACACGUCCAAUGAAAAGAUCCUUUAUAUUCCCGAUGACUUUAUUGAAAUUGAAGCCCACUCUUCAAAGAAUAUUAACGUCCUAUUCAAACCCGCAACUUCGGGAAGGCCAUUUACUGUAAAUGUAAGAGUUAUUAUGGUGCUUGAUUACUUUUAAUGUUGGUAUUGUUUUAUGUAACCAUGGAGAAUGUUUUUUUUUUCAGGAACUUUUGUUUAUCGAAAAUGCUCAAAAUGGAUGUCAAGAAGAAGCGUAUGCUUUGGAGAUCUUAUAUCAGUGA